UCCCCAAAGGUUGGUAUGUGUGCAUAUGUUUUGGUAUUUCAGUAUCUGCAGCUGCAAGCAGAACAAAAGUUUUUUGAGGCAGGAGGAAUCAGAUAGCCAGGGAGCAACAAUGAUGAUCUCAGUCCACUUCACAUUGCUCUUUUUCUGGGUGACAGCAGAUUUUGUGAGCUGUGUUAAUAUAGAGAUUCCCACUGAUUUCUUGACUGUAGCAUUGGGGGAUUCUCUGACAUUAAACUGCACCUACAAUUGUUCUACUGGAUUUGUUCGUGGCUGUUGGAGAAAAGCACCAGACAACUCUGGCUGUCAUGGUAUACCUAGCACAAACAUCUUUUGCACAAUAUCUCUUCAUCUGUCAAAUGUGUCCACUGAAGAUCUCAAGAAGAGUUACAUUUGCCUCACAGAAGAUACAGAGGACCCUCUACUUCCACAAAAAACAGAGCGCAUUGUUUCACUACAACUCGACGCUCAAACAAAUGCCCCAAACUGGACAGUUACCGCAACGACAGAAACUAAAAAUGCAUCUCUUCCUGCUAAGCCAACAGAUUCAAAUGGAGGAGAAUUUACUGGAAUUAAGGUUUUAGCAGCAGUUACCGUUGCGGUGGCCAUGGUGCUUGCAGCUUUGGCUGCUUACCUGUGUCUGAACCGGAGCAGACAAAAUUGGAAUGGUAAAGGGGAGCCUGUUUUGUCCAGGUCAAGCUCACCACUACCAUCUCACCGUGUCCUCUUGCCAGUGAAGGGAUCACUGUCAACACAAAGUGAAAGAGUGACUUUGAGGAUUCCAACACCAGAUAAUGAGAGUGACACUGAGGUUCCAUAUGCUGACAUAAUGAUCACUGUUCCGCGGUGUCAGUACACCAGAGCUCACUCAGGUUGGCUGUUUGUCUCCUGGAGAUCAAAAAGAGUGGUGGGGAGAUGAGUCAAGGUCUCACCUGCAGGCUUCACGAUCAGCUGAUAGACUUCAUGUCCCCCUACCCAGGGAGGUCAGCCGGAAGAUGAGCACCAACUCUGAAUAUGCAGUCAUCACGUAUGCCUGAGGAGAGAAAGGGAAAACACGUCUGAUUUUGCUAUACAUGCUAAUACGCGUUGUGUUUGUGUGUCGUUUUAAGUACUUAUUAUAUUGUUUGCUUUACGUUCGCUCUGUUUAUAAUGAACCCGCAAUUUUUACAAUAAAGGCAUUAUUCUUGUGAGUUUUA